GCUGUUAGUUCAACCGUAGCGUGCUAUUUGCUCAUACCGGGCGGAUAAAAUUAUUUACUUUUUUUGUGAAUGAAAAAGAAAACAAAUUAAAUAAAUAAUAAUAAUAAUGUCAGCUAACAAAGAUACCAGCAAUGUUCCCAAAUGGUUAGAAGCCCGACUAUUCGAGGGUGUUUUAAAGGAAAAUGUUCCAAAUUAUAAGGAAAUUAAAGAGUUCAAAGCUUAUGCGGGACUACCGGCCGGUGAAAAUUAUUCAACGGUUAUUACGCGCAUUGAAAUUGAUGCAGAGUUACAAGAUGGUUCCACAGUCAAAAAAUUCUUUAUUCUCAAAACGGAGCAUGAAUCAGAUCUCUACAAAGAACUAACGGAGGGAGCUGACUGCUUCAAAUUCGAACAUGUAACGUAUGAGGAACUUAUUCCGGCCUUUGAAAAACUAUAUCAUGAGGCUGGCAAAGAAAUCAGCUUUGGAGCUAAAUACUACAAAUUGCCCAUUAGCCGAGGUCAUCUGCUGUUGGAGGAUUUGUGUCAACGCAACUUUAAGAAUGCCAAUCGUUUGGAGUGCCUCGAUAUGAAACAUGCCAAACAGGUACUUAAGAAAAUGGCCGAAUGGCAUGCCGUAUCGGCGGUACACAAAGAAAAUAUUGGAAAAUAUGAUGAGGCGUUAAUCAUUGGGGCCUACAACGAUCAAUUGCGCAAAGGCAUUACGACAUUCUUUGAGGGCAUGACCAAGUACAUGUUGCGCUGCUUGCAUUUGUAUGAAAAUUCCGAGGAUUAUAAGGAGAAAAUUGAAAAACUAUUAAACUCAGUCAUCGAUGAGCUGUGGAAGGCAACCAAGGUGGAUGAUGCGGAUUUCAAUGUUUUGAAUCACUGUGAUUGCUGGACCAACAAUAUUAUGUUCCAAUAUGGCGAGGCGGGCCAAUUGUUGGAUACCUAUUUUGUAGAUCUUGCCAUGCCUAAAUAUGGCAGUCCUGCCCAGGAUUUAAUUUAUUUUAUACUCUCAUCAUUGCAAGCUGAUAUCAAAAUUAAACAAUUUGACCAUUUGAUCCAAUAUUAUCAUGAGAAUCUGGUGGAAAAUUUAGAAUUACUUAAAUAUCCAAAGGCCAAGCCAACGCUUAAAGAACUUCAUAUUCUAUUGCAUAAAUAUCGGAUUUGGGGUUAUUGCACCACAGUUGGUGUCUUGGCUGUUGCCCUACUGGAUUCUUCAGAAAUGUCCACAUUUGACAACUUUUUGGGUGACAGUGAUGAUGGCGAUAAAUUCAAGCUGAUGAUGUUCACCAAUAAACGUUAUAUCCAACAUGUCAAUGUCAUACUGCCAUGGCUUUUGAAUCGCGGUGCCUUGGACUUUUAAAUGACUAAUUUUUGUUACAAAGUUUGUAUUAAAGUACUUACCUUAU